AUGCCUCACAAGAAUGUGAUCGCGUGGAACGCUAUGAUCGCGGGUCAUGAAAAGGCUGGAAAAAUGGAAGAGGCAAAGAAGCUCUUCGAUUGCAUGCCGCUCAAGGAUGUGGUUUCGUGGAACGCUAUGGUGGCGGGAUAUGCCGGAAACGGGCAACUUGAUCUGGCGAGAGAGGUUUUCGAGAGCAUGAUCUUGCGAGACUUGGUGUCGUGGACGACGAUGAUCCGGGCUCACGUUGCUGGAGGAGAGAUUGGCGAGGCCAGAGCUUUGUUCGAGAGGAUGCCGAUGGAGAACGUCGUGGCCUCUACGGCGAUGCUCCAGGGCCACGCCGAGAAUGGAGACUUGGAUGAAGCGAGAGCUUUGUUCGAGAGAAUCCAGUGCCCCGACGCGAUCGCAUGGACGACGAUGAUGAACGCUUACGCCAGCCAUGGUUUCCUGGAAGACGCGAAGACCAUCUUCGAUCGGAUGCCGGAGAGGAACUUGGUAACUUGGAACGCGCUCAUCACAGCGUACACGGAUCACGGUCGCGUGGAGGAGGCCCGGGAGCUGUUUGACAAGAUGAAAGAGAGGAACUCCAUCUCAAAGAGAAGAGCAGACCGUGCUUUUCUCGUCCUUGAUCGAGAAACAAGACUCUUCGCUGCCUCGUUUGCACGAUCCUGA